AUGAGUAGUAGUGAUUGGCAAACAAUUCCAUUGAAAUCAUGCUCACCUGAAGAUAUAAAUGAUAUUAGAUUUCAUAUUAUGAAAUUUGUAACAAGAAAUAAUGUUGAUAUUGUUAAAGAUUUUACAAAACCAGUUAGAUUGCAUCGUAAAGAUCCAAGAAAUAUGCAAUUUCAUUUAACUAGACAAGAAUUAGAUCAAAGGAAAAAAGAAAGAGAAGAAGAAGAGAAAAAGGGAAUAGUCAAGGAGGAACCGAAAUCAUAUCAAAAUUAUGACGGUGAUCAAGUAGAUGAAGAUGGUAAUAGAAUAGAUUAUAAUAAACCAGAUAUGUCACAAGUUGCCCCCGACGGUGGUGCUAGAAAAUUUAGAAAAAAUAUUUUCAAACGUAAAACAAGACAAAUUAAUCUAAUGGAUGAAUCAAAAAGAAAAUUAAGAUAUGAAGAGCAUUAUCCGUGGGUUAUUGAAGAUUAUGAUGGUAAAAAUGUAUAUGUUGGUAAUUUUGAAGCUGCAUCAACUGAACAACAACAAGUUUUAUUUGUAUUUGAUAAAGAUGGUUUUAAAAUGAUACCUGCUGAAAAAGUUUAUAGAUUUACUCCAAGAAAUAAAUAUGCUACAUUAACUUUAGAAGAAGCAGAACAAAAAAUGGAAAAAAAUGCAAGUGUACCAAGAUGGUUAAUGAAACAUAUGGAAGAUAAAUCACUUAAUGAAGGUACUCCAGAUCAACGUUUUAAAGCAAAUUCACCCCUGGUAAAUCUGAAAAAUAUUAAAGCUCCAAAAAAAUUGAGAACUGUAACUGGUGGUUCUAAUGAUCGAGAUUCAGAUCAUGACGAUUUAGACUUUGAUGAAGAAUUUGCUGAUGAUGAAGAAGCUCCAAUUAUGGAUGGCGAUGAAGAAGAAAACAAAUUUUCUGAAAAGAAAAUUAAAAAAGAAAUGUUGAGGGCAGCUCAUUUUGAUGCUGAUUCAAAUGCGGAAGAAGACGAUGAAUUGGAUGAUUUAUUUGAAGUUGAAAAAUCAAGAAAAGUUGAUAAAGAAGGUAAAAAAUUACGUAAAGUUUUAAAUAAAACUGAAGGUAAUUUAUAUGAUUCAGAUGAUGAAGAAAAAGAAUUGGCCCCCUAUUUAUCAAAAUCAGAUUUGGAAAGUAAUGAUGAAGAUUCAGAUAAGGAAAUACAUAUCAAACAAGAAAAUGAAGAAUUUGAAAAAGUUACGAAAAAAGUAAGACAAUUUACUGCAGUUAAUCUUGGUGAAGGUUUUAUUAAAGUUAAAGCACCAACUUCAUUUUUAAAUGACUUCCCCAAGUUGGAUUUCAUUGGUAGGAAACCAAAUUUAGAAUCACCAAGAAAGAAACAAAAAACAAUCAAAAUAAAAUCAGAAUCACCUGCACCAAUUUCAACACCUACUAUGAGAGCUACAACACCACCAAGUAAUGGAGGUACUCCAAUACCUUCAAAUAUAGAUUUACAUGAUUCUGGUCCUGAUGGAUUAUUAGUAACUAUUAAAGAUGUUAUAGAUAUAGUUAGAGAUCAUCCAUUAACAACAAAAGAAUUAUUAGUUGGAUUAAAAUCAAGAGUUAAUGCUCAUAAAGAUAAUAAACAAAGAAUUAUAAAUAUUGUAAAACAAAAUUUAAGAUUAGUUGACGGUAAAUUAGUAUUAAGGGAAUAA